CCCAAACCAAACUCCCUUUUAUUUUUUAUUUAUUAAUUAUAUUUUCAUCCACUUGUUCGUCCUCUUUACCUCUAUAAAUUCCACACCCUCAAUCUCUCUUCUCCCUGUUCUACUUUCCCCUUUCUUCUCCCCAGUAGUCUUGCAGCAUCUUUCCUCAUUUCUUUAUCAUCUUUCAAGCUUCAUUUCCAAGCCUUCUAUCGUACAUAUUUGGGUUCAUCUUUCUUCUUUAUACAUAAGCAGUUUUUAUCUCUUUUCUUGUUUUUGCUUUGGAAGUAGUGUGUUUUCUCUGAACUCAUGUUCAGUUUAUCGGUGUUGAUGUUUGAGAUUAAUGUCUCCAAUUCUGAGUGAACUUGUCUUUUCUGAGUGUAUGAUAAAUUCUUCCACGUUCAGACGCAGGACCCAGCUUGUUCAAUCUUUCUCAGUUGUUUUCCUCUACUGGUUGUAUUACGUUUCAUGAUUUUUAAUCCAAUCUCUGUAUUUAGUAAUCUAUAAUCUAUAAUAAUCGUAUAUAAAUAUUUUCAUCUUCAGUUUAAUUAGUUUUUGCUGUUUGUCUGUCUUUUGAACCAUCUGGGUCCUGCUAAUAUCUCUCUCUUAGUUAUCUCUUGCAUCUAAAACUCUAUUGCGAGUUUUCAAGAAAGAUCAGAUUUUUAUGGCUUCCUCAAGUGGGACAUCUUCAGGUUCAGGUUCUGGUUCUGGUUCUGUGUUGCAGAACUCAGGUUCUGAGGAGGACUUGAGGGCAUUGAUGGAUCAGAGGAAGAGGAAGAGAAUGAUUUCAAACAGGGAGUCAGCGAGGAGGUCAAGAAUGAGGAAACAGAAGCAUUUGGAUGAUUUAAUGGCGCAAGCGGCGAAUCUGAGGCUGAAACAUCAACACAUCAUCACAAACAUCAACAUCACCACUCAGCAUUUCCUCAACAUUGAGGCUGAAAACUCAGUGUUGAGAGCUCAACUUGGUGAGCUCACCCACAGAUUGCAGUCUUUGAAUGAGAUCAUCUCCUUCUUGAGCACUAAUGCUGCAGACAACAACACUGCCUCCUAUGGAGGACCUUUGGACACAACCUCCAUAGCUUCAAGCUUCAUCACUGAGCCUCCUGUGAUUGAUAACUUUAUGAGUCCAUUGAAUCUGUCAUAUCUGAAUCAACCCAUCAUGGCUUCUGUUGACAUGUUUCAGUACUGAGUUCAAAUUAAUCACCCCCUGAAGAUGAUUAGAGAGAGUAAGAGAGAGACGAUUAAGUAGUAAUUAAGGAAUAAUUAAGUGUUUUAAUUAUUGGGUUUGCUAGUUCUUGGUCUGUAAAUGGGAUUUCUGCUAUGGAAUUCAAGACCUGUUUGAAGUA